AUGGCCCGUGAACUCAGUCCCCAGGAGAAGCUGGACCUGAUCACGUCCCAGCUGCAGGAGGUUUUGAAGCCGGAGAUCCUGGAAGAUGUCAUCAUCAAGCAGAAUAGGCCCCUGGUUAUCUACUGGGGUACGGCAACAACUGGACGUCCUCACUGCGGUUACUUUGUCCCCAUGGUAAAGCUGGCGCAUUUCCUGCGUGCCGGAUGCCGUGUCAAGAUCCUGCUGGCAGAUAUCCACGCCUUCCUCGACAACCUCAAAGCGCCUAUCGAGCUCGUGAACUACCGCGCCGAGUACUACCGCUUUGUCGUGACCUCCUUACUAAAGGCACUCAAUGUGCCCAUUGACAAGCUGGAAUUCGUCCUCGGCAGCUCCUACCAAUUGUCCAAGGAAUACACCAUGGACAUCUUCCGGCUGAGCAGCAUGGUGACGGAACACGACGCUAAGAAAGCCGGUGCUGAAGUCGUUAAGCAGGUGGAAAAUGCUCCCCUGUCGGGGUUGAUAUACCCUCUCAUGCAGGCCUUGGACGAGGAGCAUUUGGGUGUUGAUGCACAGUUCGGCGGUGUUGACCAGCGCAAGAUUUUCACCCUUGCCCAGGAGACGCUGCCCCGAAUCGGAUACAAAGAGCGGGCUCACUUGAUGAACCCGAUGGUCCCCGGUCUGGCAGGAGGGAAGAUGUCCUCUUCGGACCCGGAUUCGAAGAUCGACAUUCUCGACAAUGCGGACGCGGUGAAACGGAAGAUAAAGAAGGCCUUUGCCGCCCCCAGAGAGGUGGAGGGCAACGGCAUCAUCAGCUUCGUCGAAUAUGUGCUCUUGCCCGUCAGCGCACUGAGCAGGGAUGACGGCACAGGCGAGUUUGUGGUCAACCGGAAAGAGGGCGAGGAGCCAUUGAAGUAUUCGAAUAUCGAAGACCUGAAGGCAGACUACCGAGAAGAUAAACUCACCCCACAACUUCUCAAGGCCGCUGUGACGGAAGCUCUCAACAACCUUCUGGCUCCGAUCCAGGAGGAGUUCCAGGCUUCCAAAGAGUGGCAGGAGGUAGAGAAGAAGGCCUACCCGCCGCCUCCGGAGCCAGAGAAGAAGAAGAAGAAGCCCAAGGACAAGGGCUCUCGCUACCCGGGCGGCAAGGGCCCGGUAACGGCGCAACCGGAUGGCUCUGUUGAAGGCAAAGAUGCUGACAAGGUGUCUGUGGGCGAAGAUGCGAGGGAGGCUAUGGAGAAGCUGGCUGUCUAG